UUGACCACUAGAGAACUGGAAAACACUUGAUCACUCGUGUAUUUGGUGUAAGGAAUCAUUGAUGGAUGACGUUGAAAUCCCAGAGUACUUCAUCUGUCCAAUUUCACUUCACAUAAUGAAAGAUCCGGUGACAGCCGUAACCGGGAUCACCUAUGAUCGGGAAAGCAUUGAGCAAUGGUUGUUGAAGAGGCACAACGCCACAUGCCCGGUCAGCAAGCAGCCUUUGCCCAGAGACUCCGAAUUAACCCCAAACAACACCCUCCGCCGCUUGAUUCGGGCCUGGUGCACUGCCAACUCCGCCCCUGAUAUGGAUCAGGUCCCCACCCCGAAGCCUCCUAUGAGCAAGUUUCAUUUCGCCAACCUCAUCAGAGGCCUUUGGCUUCCAAACUCACAACUGGAGGCGCUGCAGAAACUUGAAGCACUGGCAAGGGAGAACGAAAGCAAUAGAAAGCAAAUGGUGGAAGCUGGGGUAACUAAACCCGUCACAUCUUUUGUCGUGGCAUGCCACCGAAAAGAAGUAACAACAGGUUUAGCUGAAGCUCUUAGUAUUUUCUUCCUUAUACGCUCUUCACUGAAUCAAGCAAAGUUAGUCCUGAUCGAAAAUGAUGAAAUCAUCGAUGCACUUACGUGGGUCUUAGUUUGUGAUCUUGAUCAUUUGGAUCACUCUUUGACCAUCAAAACGCAUGCAAUAUCUGCGCUCAAAAUGUUGGUUCAAACGGCAAAUUCAUCUACUUUGGGGAGGCUAAAGCCGGAUUUUUUCAAUAGAAUUAUACGCUACAUAAAGGAAAGCAACUCUCAACAAGGAAUUAAUGCUGCUCUGCAAGUCAUGUUGGACUCUUGUCCGUCGGGAAGAAACCGCAUAAUGAUGGUGGAAGCCGGAGCAGUGUCUGAAUUAAUCGAGCUCGAGUUUAGUUCAGCAGAAAAGAAAACCACUGAGCUUAUUUUUGGAAUAUUAUAUCACCUGUGUUCGUGCGCGGAUGGGAGAGCACAGUUUCUCAGCCACGCUGCGGGUGUGGCCAUAGUGACAAAGAGGAUUCUCAAGGUUUCGCCGGCAGCGGACAGCCGAGCCAUGCUCAUUCUCUCGUUGAUUUCAAAAUUCUCGGGUACCGUUGGGGUAGUUCAGGAGAUGUUGAGAGUUGGAGCUGUAGCAAAGCUGUGCAUGGUGAUUCAAGCCGAUUGUGAAUCGCACCUCAAGGAUAAGGCAAGAGAGAUCCUAAGAACCCACUCUAAUGUGUGGAAGGACUCUCCUUGCAUAGAUGUUCCUAACCUCACCAGUGACAAGAUAAGUCGAUUAACUUUGUAAUUCACAUUAGUUACAUCUUUAAGUUGUUAAGUAUACCAGACAAGAAUAUAUUAAGUUAAUGAGUAUAUUGAAUCAAGCACGCAACAUAUGUAUACAUCAUAUUACCCCAA